AUGCGUACGCUGGGGUACAUGGUAAGCGACUGCACGGGCAAGGCCCUCAAAGCUGUGACAUACAUCCAGGACCACAUCCGUGGUGCAACACCACUAGUGUCAAAGCGGCGACUGUACGAUGCUGUCGACAUUUCUCUCAGUAGGCAGAACCCGGACUGUGGCUUCGCAAGCUUCGAGCCCGCGCCUGCACGCCUCGGUGGCUGA